CCGCCCCCUCCCCAGCUCCUCCCCAGCUCCCCCCCAGCCGGGGCGGUGCGGACGCCGGGGGGCGCCGUCCCCGCAUAUCGGGGUGCGUGUGGAAUUGCAAGGGCCGCUGCAGCGGGGGGUCCCCGCCGGUUACAGCCGCGCCCGUUAACCCUUUGGUGCCCGCCCCGACAGCCGCACCUCCCGCUGCUGCCUGAGGAGGUGAAGCGGCCCCGAGGGGCGGGUGUUGAUCCAGGGCAGCAGCGCUUAAACGGCGGAAAGAGGGGAUGAGGCGAAAGCCCUGAGGCUGCUGGAGGGCUGUGGCACAGGCUCGUCUGCAAAAAGGGGCUGCAGUUGUGAGAAUUAAUCCAUAAGUUUUGCUGCAACCGACUUUGGAAUUCUCUUGUAGUAUAGAGCUGUCUUGUCUCGAGGGAUCACAUGCAGACAACCUGCAGACGUGGGUUGAAAAGAUGGGAAAUGCAGAAAGCAAUGCCUAUCAGAAUCACCUUUCCAGAUUUCUCCCUGAGGAGCAGUCUGACAUCGAUGGAAUAUUUGAUACCUUAUCAGGAUCAAGUGGCUCAGCUGGAGCAAAAAAUGGCAAAGCUACAAAGAAAACUGUGACUCUGGCAGCAUUACAGGCAUAUACACGGGAGCCGUUACCAGAGCAAAUGACUAUUCGGUUAUACAAUGGAAUGAAAAGUAUUGACCUGACUGGGAAAUCAUUUGGGCUGAGUGAAAAGAUCACUAAGGAGCAGUUUGUAAUUUUUAUGUCAAACCUCUUAAAAGGGAAUGCAGAUGAGAAGAUUACCAUAAUAACGAGAAUGAUCUCCAAGACAGAAGGGCCUGUGAAGGGCAAACAAAUCCAAGAGUUCACAGAGGAUCUGAUCACGUCUGUAGUCCAUGUACUGAGCUACAGGAAGGAACUGAAAGGUUGGAAUUUGGAGAACACUAGGGAUUCUGCCAGUGGAGUAAAGGCUCUGGCUUCUCAGCUGCUCUCAGAAUUGAAGCUUGCAGAUGGGACAAAACCUGUGGGUCCUCAGCUGAUGGAGGCAAAUUUUGAUCAAAGUGUCAUUGAGGACUGGGUGUACCGAGUUCCACAGAUCUCAAUUUUCCUCAGUGUUGUUAUCCGGCAAGGCCUUCAUGUUCUGCAUUCUCUCCCAGACCAAACCAAAGACAUAGUCAACCUGGUUCCAGGCUGCAAAGGCAUCAAAGGAAGACGACUUGUCAGUCUCUUUGACAUCCCAUCUAUCAUGUACAUCAACUCCCAUCUGCCUGCAGAGCUACAGCACAAGUGGCAUCUUUUAUUUUCUUCUAGGAUUCAUGGAGAAAGCUUUUCACAGUUAUGUGGACAUAUCGUGAACAAAGGUCCUUGCAUAGUGAUCUUAAGGGACUUGGAUGGUUAUAUCUUUGGUGGGUUUGCAUCUCACUCCUGGGAGGUGAAGCCACAGUUUCAAGGUGACAACAGAUGCUUUCUGUUUUCUAUUUUUCCCUCUCUUGCUGUGUACACAUACACGGGGUAUAAUGACCACUAUAUGUAUUUGAACCACGGCCAACAAACAAUGCCAAAUGGACUUGGUAUGGGUGGACAACAUGGUUACUUUGGACUCUGGAUAGACAGUGACUAUGGGAAGGGACACAGCAAAGCAAAACCUCGAUGCACCACCUACAACAGCCCCCAGCUGUCAGCUAAAGAGGAUUUUAGGAUGGAUGCCAUGGAAGUUUGGGCAGUGGGAGACCCACCUGAAAGUGCAGGGACAAAAGGCAAGAAGAGUAUCCUGGAUGUAGAUCCUCAGGCUCAGGCCUUAUUAGAAAUGGCUGGAAAAAGUCGUCAGAGCGAAGGUCUACGAGAACCAGUUGAAGAUGAUGAGGAUGAUGAUAACUAAAAGAAUAACAGUAACAUGAAAUUUCUUUUUCUUUUUUUCUCCUGAUUGUUAAUGCUUCUUGGACAGGAUAUUUUUUCCUUAUCUUUUCUUCUUCACAUUUACCUAAUUAUGUGGGAUGAAGCUUAAGCUUCAUACUCACGUGGUAUUUAAGUCCAAUACAAUAUCCUACCCAAAGGUUCUUGUCUGGGGAGGACAGAAAAAUUAACUCGGUACUUAAUCAUUAGCCAUCUCUAAGUUCUAGCUGAAUAUGAAUUUGCUAGCACUCCUGAUAGAUCCUGUUUGCAUACAGAAUUAAAAACAAACAAUGAAGUUAGACAGUGCAACAUACUGACUUGGAGGGUUGAUAUAUAUUUAUAUAAAGACACUGAGUAAGGCUCUUAUACCUCAAGUACAUGUAUUUAUUUGCAUGAUUUGAAAUUACUCAGUGAAGCUUGCAAAUUAUAACGAUGUCUCAUAUUAGUAAACAUAGAAUACUCUCCUUCAUAUGAAGAAUGCCAUUAAUUUGCAUUGCUCUAAUUAAAGCAUUUAAUUUUGUGGGUUUUAAGUGUGUAUGGGCUGCAAGAUGUACAGGAUGCUAAGAUGUACAGUAUUCAGUUUUAUAACAGCUUAGUGUAUUUCACUUAAGAGGUUUCUGCAAAAGUUUCCCUACUGCUUUUUAAACUUAGUAGAUAGAGCCAUCGGGUGUCACUCAGCCGUAUUUAUUCAAAGAACGAGCCAUACCUCCAGCAGAAAUUCGCUCAGGAAGGUACCUUCUUUAGCAGCCUCAUUUAAGAUUACAGUAAAAGAUCAGGCUGUAAAAAGAACUAAGAGGAAUCUACAUUUAAUUGGGAGUGGUAUCUGCAGAUACCUUAUUAAAAAAAAUAUAAUCAGGGUUAUGUCUGUAACAAGUUUAAUGAAAACUAUGGUAUAAUUCAUU